AUGCUGCUGUCCAUUUUGAUAGCUGGUUUGGGAAUUUUACAAGUGGAAUCUUGUGUUUCUGUGAUUCCGACCAAUCCUCCGGCAGGGGGUACGUUUUAUUUUUAUUCUUAGAGCGAAUUUUCAGCUCAAAAAUAUCGUUUUUGUAUUCAUAAAAGGUCAAGUACUGGCGUAAGAACUUUUAAGUGAUCACUAGAAGUCCGAGACAAUUCUAGCUUCCUCAAGUGAACGCUAAAAAGACUCUGGAACUACUUUAGUGAUCACUAUACGACUCAUAGCCGUUUGAAAAUGGAAAACGGGAUUUUUUCUCACUAGAGCACAUUUUAUCGUGAAAAAAAGCUGCGAAAGGAAAAACUGAACCACUGGGUACUAUAUCCGAUUUUUUCUCAAUGGAGCACUUUAGAAGCGGAAAUAAAGGCUUUGAUGGACUUUGAUCAAUUUUUAAAGGAUUUUUUUUCUGUUGAGCAAAUUUUCAGCUGGAAAACUCUAAAAAAAACUUUUUCAACAAGAAAUUCCUCGUUAAGCCUGCACGACAUGUCCGCGGAAUCUGAUGGCCUCCUCUACUGGAAACGUCGCCGGCGUCGUCAGCUACGGUCAGGAUUCUGGAGGCUGCACGACGGCUUCUGUUUCCUGUACGUCGUCUGGGAUGUUCCCGACCACUGCGCAAGCCGUUGCGGUGGGUUUCCAUGAGAAAAAUAACUCCGAAAAAAAAAAUAAAACUUUUUUCGAAAGUUUGUUUACCGUUUUAAAAUUUUUCCGAAACAAAUCUCCAGCAACUGAUCGUUUCAAAAAAUUGUAGAAAUUUAAAUUCUUGAAAAUUGAAACGUUUUUCGAGUGCUUAACAUUUUUCGUUACAUUUUUUAGGUUUGCAGUUGGAGCGCGUUUGUCGGUUAUUUUUCAGCUUCUGAUCAUUCCAUUAAUAAAAAAUCCGCAAUUUCUGGAACCUUUUCCCUUUCAUUUGACGAUUUUCUAAAGCAAUAAUUUUUCCAGGGCGGACGAACAUUGCCACUUGGAACCGGCUGUCAAACCAUUACUGCUUCUGGUAACCAAUAUAGUUUCACUAAUUUAUUUCUUUUUUGGUGCUUCAACAAGAUAAUUAAUUUAUAUUAUUUUAUGCAAGCUUCUCAGGAAAAGCGCUCAAUAAAAGAUCAGUCCAGUAGAGCGAACUUUAUUUAAAACUUUUUUUAAUCGGUUUUUUGUGUAGAGCUUAUUGAGCUUCAAAAAGUUUCCGAGAGAUGAGAUUACAAGAAAAAGCGUUAAAAGGAAGAUCAGUUCAGUAGAGCGAACUAUCAAUGAAUUUUGAAACUUCCAACAAAUUCAAAUUCUUUUGGGAAGCUUUUUCCGAUUUUUUUAGAGUAGGCUUGUAAUAUGUUGAUGAAAUAAGCUUAUUAAGUUUUAAAAUAUUAUUAUUGACAUAGGUAAAAUAGAAAAAUUCCUUCUGGGAGCCUCAGAAGAGCAAAAGCUUCUGACAAAAAAUCUUCUGGGCUCCUUUUUCCUAUCUCCAGAAGAUUCUUCUUGUAACCCCGGGAACCUUCUGGUCCUCUUUCAACAUCUUUUCAUUUGAUAACGUAAAAUAAUGCAGAAGUAAAAUGUAAAAUGUCAAUUGGGGACCCUUAGAAGCUCUUGUUUCAAAAGAACCUUUCGAGGAGCUUUUCCAUCUAUCCCACUUCAAAAAUCUCAGUAGAGCGCACUUCCGACAUCUUUGAAGCUUCCAUUUUUCCACACUUUUCAGACGUCGCCAAGUGCAUUGAUGGCAGUUGGUCGUAUCUUUCUUCCCCAUUGGAAAGAUUCCAAUGUUCUUCCGACGCUACUAUGAACUGCAUGCCUACUGGAAGUUGGUUUUUCCUCAUUUCACUGACCUCUCUGCGCUCUCUCUUCCCUCAACAGCUCAUGAAGUCGCCUAGAGACAAGAGGGCGCAGAGAACUGAGACGGUUGAAAGUUGCAUAGAACAUUUUUCUCCUUUAUUCAAGAUGCACCCGACUCUCGUGACUUGGCCAACUUUGGAAAAUCACAGGAAGAAGAGAAAGAGUUAAAGAAAACAAUUUAGUGCGAAACUCGCAGCGGGUCGGGCGCAAACGGAAUUGUGUUGUAGAGGACAAUAUUCAAUUUAAAUAAAAUUGCACAUGACUUCCGUGACUUGACCAACAGUGAGAGAGCACAGGAAAAAGAGAGAAAUUUAGAGAAAGCAGUCCUGAGCGUAAGUCGCGUCGGGUCGGGCGCAAGCAUAAUCUUCUUUCUGUGUGACCUAACAUUAAACUUGAAAUGGCAAAAGAGCUUCAUAAUGCUUUGAACUUCUCAGCAGAUUUUUCGAAAUGAGCCAUUCCCACUUCAGAUUUCAAUAUUUUAAUAUUAAGCCUGUCCUUCGUGCAACGUCGAGUCGUUGGUCGGAACCAGUUUCCCUCCAACUGCAACCGAUACUCCGGCGACCGCCUUUUUCCUCCGAGGAAUCGAUCCCAUCACUUGGUAUUGACUUUCAAAAUGGGGCCGAAAAAUCAAAAGCUGGUUCUAAAACACAUUUAUUGUAAUAUUAUCUUAACCUGUUGUCUUAUUGAUUUUUUUGAAAAAAAUCCAAAGAGUUAUAAGAUUGAAAAAGGGGUUUCAAAUUACUCUUAAUACUCUUAAAAUACUCUUAAACUUUAAUUUUACCUGAAAAGGCUACUUUUCCAUUGAGAAGUAAUCAUAGGAAAUGGAUUUUCCUGUCGAGAAAUUGCCCGCAAAUGCGCUCCAUGGACAAUUUUCAAAAAUAAGGUGAAAACUUGCUUUUUUGAAAUUUUUUCUGAUCUAACUCGAGUUUUUCUCAUGUGGAAAUGAUUCGGAAUAUGAAUUGGAACUUUAAUUUUCACUUGAACUUGAUUUUGCCCAUGGAGCAACUAUAUCUCGUAAAAAAAAAAAGCCUGGUUCUUCUAAUUUUUCAAGUUCAUAUCAUUAUUCUCUCAAAGCUUCUUUUUAUAAACUUUUAAGGCAUUUUUCUCCAUCUAAACUUCAAAAAAAGUCGUGAUUCUGUACCAAAAGGAAUAUUUCAAAUUUAAAAAAUGAACCCAGGUGCGACACGGCGCAAGUCAACUGUGUAACGGAGGACGGGGCACUACAAACUGUGAGGAUCGAUAUGAUUUCGGUGACUUCCUUGAAAACCCUGUAAAGUACGAACAUUUCCAGGGCGGAGCCACGACAUCGCUUGGAACCGGCUGCAAAGUUGUCAAUUCCGAUCCGAACGCCCUUCUUUGCAAUUCUCAGAAUCAGUGGACUUAUCAGUAAGUUUCUUCGUGAUUUUUUUCAUUAAUUAAGAACUUAUUUAUUUUUUCAGGGGAUCCACACAAUUUUCCGUCCAAUGCCACGCUUUGAUCGCCACCACCUGUACACAAUAA